GAGUAGCCUUCCUUUAUCAGUCCUCCUACACUCUCCCCUCCUAAAUCUCAAACCCUAAUUUCGUCAAUCGUUCAUCAAUGGCUGCAGCUGAUGUCGAGUUCCGGUGCUUUGUUGGUGGUUUGGCGUGGGCGACGAACGACCAGACUCUCAGCGAGGCUUUCUCGCGGUUUGGAGAUGUGAUUGAAUCGAAGGUUAUCAACGAUCGCGAGACUGGAAGGUCGAGGGGAUUCGGAUUUGUGACGUUCAGCAACGAGCAGUCAAUGAGAGAUGCGAUUGAUGGAUUGAACGGUCAUGAAUUGGACGGCCGUAACAUUACUGUGAACGAGGCUCAGUCUCGUGGUGGUGGUGGAGGCGGCGGAGGCGGCGGUGGAUUCCGUGGUCCUCGCCGUGAUGGCGGUGGUUAUGGAGGCCGCCGUGAAGGAGGCGGUGGUGGUUAUGGAGGUCGCCGUGACGGUGGUUAUGGUGGUGGACGCUCCGGCGGUGACCGUGGUUAUUAUUAGGGUGUUGUUUAGUUGAGUGCUUUGAGUUUGUUUGUUUUUGCUGUGGGAAAAUCAUCAAAUGACUGUUAGUGACUUGUUGUCCUUAUGAAAUGAAAUGUGGAAUGCUUUUUAUGAUUGUUUGGA